CCAGGAGGCCGGCGCCGCACACGCACAGGCCCCGAGCCAGCAGAGCGCUCCCUGUCCGUCCGAUCUUCGGUGGGCGGUGUCGAGAUCCCGGACACCUUUAACCGCCUCGGGCAGGCCCCACCGCCGCACCCCACAGUUUCGAAUUCAAACCCCUCCCCCCCUCUCUCUCUCCCCUCCCUCCCCACGCGGCGCGCUGCUCCCGAAUCGAAGCUUCCAGAAGCCUACGCGGAGGCGCGCCGGGACCCGAGCGGGGUGAGGGGCGGAGGGAGGCGCAUGGCGGAGGCGCGGAGGGUGUCGUUCCGCAACGGCCGCUUCGCGUCGCGGAAGACGGAGGAGGCUGCAUGGAGACGGCACCAGGCUGCAGCGUGGCUAGAGAGCAUGGUUGGGCCCUUCGGCCUUACCCAUUGCCCAUCGGAACAAGAAUUUGUUGCUGCUCUAAGAAACGGCAUUGUCCUAUGCAAGGCCAUCAACAAAAUACAGCCAGGUGUUGUGCCAAAGGUUGUUGCAAACGCCCCCUGCGAUAGCCAGCCAUCGACGGCUUUUCAGUAUUUUGAGAACAUCCGCAAUUUCUUGGUUGCUGUUCAGGCACUAAAGUUGCCGAGCUUUGAGGCCUCUGAUUUGGAAAAGGACAAUCUUGAUGCUGGGUCAGUGGGCAAGAUAGUUGAUUGCGUCAAUUCUCUGAAGUCCUACCAGGAGCGAAAGAAAUGCAGCGGAACCUAUGGGCCAGUCAAGUAUAUGAAAUCACCUCUUGCACCACGCUCUGCAAUUCAUGUUCAGUCUGAAAAUGUCACUUUAGGAUCUUCUACCCCUCAAAAGUGUCUAGACUUGACAGAGAUUGAUGCCGAGGGACAAUCUUCUCAAAACGUGGGUCCUAACAUGGAAGAGGCAAUUGGAAAACUUCAGAGGAUUAUUCUUGAUUGCAUGAUAAGCUGCAAGGAAAAUCUGAACCAGGACGCUCUUAAAAAGGAUCCAGUAACGCUAGUUGGCACUAUUUUAUCAAAUCAACUGGAAAAAGAACAGUUCAAACCACUCCUUCAACUUAUUUCUCCAGAAGGGGCUGCUACGAAAAAUGAACCAAAUCAACAAAUCGAGUGUUCAAACUCGCAGAAUGAGAAUAGACUGCGUCUCUUGGAAGCACAGGAAUCUGAACUUUUGGAGCUCAAGACAAUGUUUCAAGAGGUUAAAGUUGAUUUCAGGUCUUUGCAGACCCAAUUCCAAGAUGAUAUCACAGAAUUAGGCCAUAACAUUCAAGGGAUAUCCAAAGCUGCUCUUGGCUAUAACCAAGCUGUGAAAGAAAACAGAAACCUGUAUAACAUGCUUCAAGAAGUGCGAGGGAAUAUCCGAGUCUUCUGCCGGAUAAGACCACUUAUGAACUCAAAGUCUAUUUCUUCAAUUGAACAUGUUGGAAAUGAUGGUUCGAUAAUGGUUUGUGAUCCAUAUAAGCCACAAACUACACGUAAGAUCUUUCAGUUCAACCAAAUUUUUGGGCCAACAACCACUCAAGAUGAGAUUUACAGGGAGACGCAAUCAUUGAUUAGAUCUGUCAUGGAUGGUUAUAAUGUGUGCAUAUUGGCUUAUGGGCAGACAGGUUCUGGCAAAACCCAUACAAUGUGCGCCCCGUCUGGUGGGUUAUCGUCUAACGAUCUUGGAAUCAAUUACAUGGCACUGAACGAUCUCUUCACUAUAUCAACUUCUAGAGAAGAUGUAAAGUAUGAUAUACGAGUGCAGAUGGUUGAAAUAUACAAUGAGCAAGUUCGUGAUCUCCUAAGCGAAGAUACUUCAAGCACGAAAUUAGAUAUAAGGUCUUCAAGCAAUGGUCUGUUCAACCUUCCAGAUGCAAAGAUGUGCCCAGUUCAGUCCCCUUCUGAUGUUAUGACUUUGAUGCUGCUGGGGGAAAAGCACCGUGCUUCUGGUCCAACAGCAAUGAACAAUAGAAGCAGUAGGUCUCACAGUAUCUUGACUGUCCAUGUAAAUGGGAAGGACAUUUCUGGCAAUGUCAGCUGUAGCUGCCUGCAUUUGGUAGAUCUUGCAGGAAGUGAAAGGGUUGACAGGUCAGAAGCCACGGGGGACAGAUUGAAGGAGGCUCAGCAUAUUAACAAGUCACUGUCUUGCCUAGGGGAUGUCAUCACUGCCUUAGCUCAGAAGAAUUCUCACAUUCCCUACAGAAAUAGCAAACUUACCCAAUUGCUACAGAGUUCAUUAGGGGGAAAUGCAAAGACAUUGAUGUUAGCCCACAUAAGUCCGGAGGGGGAAUCUUAUGUAGAAACUCUUAGCACACUGAAAUUUGCCCAAAGGGCUUCUACUGUUGAACUUGGAACUGCUCAUGCAAACAAAGAAAGCAAUGAUAUAAGAGAGCUUAAAGAACAGGUAGAAACUCUCAAAAAGGCAUUGGCAACCAAAGAAUUUGAAAGAUCGUCACUUAAACUGAAGGAAAAUACAGUAACGAGUGAGAGAACAAAGCAACUCCCGCAGCGUACCCCACCAAGGCCGCGUAGGUUAAGCCUAGAGACUACUAGUAGUGAAAAGGGUAGCAUACCAGGAAAGCCUCCAAAAUCACCUGUUUCAGCGAUGACGUUCAACAGAGAUCACGGGACAGCUCAUGACAAGGAGUGCAGUAUUGAUGUCUUCAACCACACAAAGAUCCACAGAUCUGUAAUACAGAUGUCCCCAACAUUAUCUGAAGAGCCAGUCGGACAUGAGAGUGAGACGAUAGUUACAACAGAUGAUACGGUUACCUUUUAUCAACUACCCCCUGAUGGUUAUAAUCAAUACAAGCAGUCAGGUUUGGAUACUCUCCAGAGAACACCAUGCAGAUCAAGGUACAUGGGUGUGCAAGUGAGUCAGACGGAAGAACCUUCUGAUGCCAAAUUGGAUAAAACAACCACAAGCAGCGUGGCGAAGAGAGGGUCACAUUUAAGAAGAUCCAUUCAGAGCAGCAUAGGGAAGUUGAUUCAUGGCUCUGAAAGAAGGAAUACUCCACAUUCAGCCCAAGCAACUCCUGCCAAAAUCACAACUAAUGCAAAUAAUGACGGCGCAUCUCCAAUUACUACCAACGCGAGGUUAAAAAGAAGACAGUCACUAACAGGUCUCCCACCUCCAUCGACGACCAUGUCACGCAGAUCAUCUCUAGGAGGAAAGUCGGAUUCGAGUGUACAAAAUAGCCAAAUCAUUGCAUGUGCUGCCAGCGCCAGAAAUUACAAGCCACUGCCAUUCUCCUGGGUUCGAUGGCCUGAACAACAUCAAUGUUCAAGUGACAGAAAAGCCAAAACGCCACCUCCGAUGAAUUCAGCUGCGAAGGCAAAGAGAUGGCUGUGAAUCCUCAGUGAAAAUCGUCAGAGAUUUCCAUCUCAAGCUGAGCAUGAGUCCGCGAUAGCUGCCGAGUUAGAGUCAUCAGCUUCUGUCAAACCAUGAUACUGCUGAAGAAGGAACACCAGGCAAGGGUUCGCGAUGUUGAGAGAGCCCCCCACAGGUUCAGGCUAGGUUACAUUCCUUGUAACAACUGAAACUUCUUGAGAGGUUACAUAACAUGUGGAUGGAGUAUGGAAAUGGAAGCAAGUAAAGAAUGCUUGUUUUGUGUUUGUUGUAUUCUGAAUCUCUGAAUGUGUCGAGAAAGCAAUGCACAAAUGAUUCAGAUUAACCUAGCAGCCAAGUGUCAGAUUUGGCAUAUGUAAUUUCAUGGCUACUUCUGGAACAUUUUUGUAACUGCUCGUUUGGCCUCGGUUUUCCUUUUUCUUUAUUUCACAUGAGCUAAAUAGCCUUCGCAUGGUCAGGAUGCUUACGCUUUAGAGUCUUCACUUAUGCUGAUCCAUCAGUUUCAGACAACCAGAUACUUGGAGGCUCGUAUUGUUUUGAGAGACCAUGGGCACACUUUUGUGGUGGCAAGAAAUAUUAGAUUUGACAACAUGACUGGUCCUCUUUCAGUUUAGUUUCUUUUUUGCAGGGACUCUUUUAGUUUAGUUUAAUCACCUGUCGGGAUGCAAUUUGGUUUUUGACAAAGGGUGGAUUUCCUUAGCUUAAAAUUGAGCAUCAGGGAUACAAACCCAGUGGGCCCACACCGGCCUUUGCAUGGUUAUAGGAUACACACAACCAACAUCAACACAUACACAAAAAACACACUGGCACUAAGUCAGAAUCUGAAGCGAGCUGUUGACUCUUCCAGUAAAGUAGUGAGGGAAAAAGAGGCAUGUCAGAUUGAAUUGGGAGCAAUGAAGGGUCAUAUGGAUUUAUUACUCAAUCAACUUGAUUUACUUACAAACAAAGUGGACAAGCAAGACUCCUGUAUAGUAUAUCUGAAAAAAACAAGGAGUUUGGUAUGAUUGCCGGGCAGGCUGGAGCGAGCUGUGCAGCAUGCAGUACGUCAAAAUGAGGUCAAUUUCAGUGAGUUACUUGACAGAUUUAGAAAUGGUAGACUCUCUAAAGGAGGUGGAGAAACAAAUCAAUAUUUAUGUAACAUCACUGAAGAAAAGGAGAACAUAUUCACAUCAACCAUUUAUAAGGAAACAGAGUUUUCUUUUUUUUUGAAAGAAAAGGCAGAACAAUUUCUGCCUUAUGCAUUUCAAAACAGGUAUGAAACCUGAGUGACCGAGGUCAAUUGCAUGAAGGCAAUGUUAGCGCUGCACGAAAAAUGCAGCUGGCCAUUGCCAAGCCAUGUUGAGCUAGGAACAGAAGAAAAGGGAUGGGAAAAGAGAUACAAAAGGAGCUACAGGAUGGGGAAUACGAGAGCCUAUCAAAAAAUCUCCAUCCACCGAAGCAUGAUCUGCUGGUCUGCAGAGUUCUUCGCCCAAUGAUGCCAUAGGUGAAUCAUGUUGGCUGCUUCACUUAGUAAGAGAGCAUCAGGCCAUCUGUUAUUGUCAAAAACUCAGGCAUUUCGAGCGCUCCAUAAAGUGACCGCACACACAGCAAAAAGCACAUGCCAUAGUUUGCCAAUUCUGUAUGAUGCCAGAGGUGAUGAGACAAACUCCAGAAGGCUGUUUGCCUGCACAGCCAGGUCUAGCACCCCAAUUUUCUUCCAAAGGACAUCCGCAGCUUUGCAUCUGAGCACCAAGUGAGUAAUUGAUUCAGUGGCAGGGCAAACAUCACAUCCGUCAUGUGAUGCAAUAGCUUUCCAAUUCUUUUUAACCAUGUUAUCUCGAGUGUUCAGCCUACCAUGCAAGGCCAGCCAGAGAAAAACUCGGUGGCACAUGGGGAUGAUGCUGUUCCAUAUGAAAGCAGCCUGCGGCCAAUUCAUACCUCUGAAAGUUAACAAAUUAUAAAAGUACGCCAUGGUUGCUUCGCCCUUGUGAAUAGAAGAAACCCUUUUAUCACCGUGUGUUAGAUCCGGCUGUAUGUUGCAAAGCUUCGCCAGCAGGUCAUCCAGUUGCCGUGCAGCGGUCAUAGACAGGUUGGGAUGUAAUUGAAUGUUCCAUUGCCCACUGUACUGAGAGGCCACAGUGCAUAACUUGUUCCUGGCAAAAGUGAAAAGCGUGGGAAAAGAGUCCCUUAACCGGCCAUUGCCUGACUAAUCAUCUAGCCAGAAGGAAAUCCUGGAGCCGUCUCCUAACGAACACUUUGUAGCGUUGAUGACCAGAGGCAUCGAGUUUUUGAGGCAUCUCCACAUAGGUGUAUCUCCAUUGCUUGCUACCAUUGGAAUGGUGCGUUCACAGUAUCGUCGUGCAAACCAACUAAAGCAGGGAACUUCACUAUCUUGCAACACCUUCAUGGUGAAGCGGCAGAUCAUAGCCAAAUUAUGCGCACGUAAAUCCCGGAUUAUGAGUCCCCCAGUGCCCCUGGGGAGGGUAACAACAUCCCAGGCCACAAGCAUUGCCCUCCAAGGGCAGAUUUCUUUCCUUGCCACAAAAAACCCCUGAGAAUUUGCUCAAGCUUACCCAGGGACUCCUUCGGCCAUAGAAAACAGGCCAUAUAAUAAUUUGGUAUAGCUGCAAGUACAGAGUUUAUCAUAGUAAGCCUCCCUCCCCAAGACAAGAAGGUUGCCAACCAGCCAGAGAGUCUUUUGUCCACUCGGUGUAUGACUGGCAUCAACAUCGCAUGGGUGAUCUUGUUUGUUGACAACGGCAAGCCCAAGUAGUUACAAGGAAAGGUUGAGACCGGACACUCUAACAGCUCAGAAACUUGCUGGCCAGUAGAUUGCUCCAUGUUGAUGGGCACAAAGGUGCUUUUAUUGGAGUUGAUCUGCAGAUCAGUGAAGUCAGAGAAACGCUUAAGCAUCCUCUUGACGAUUGCGUCUUGCUCCACAGUCCCUUUGAUCAGCAUCAGGGUGUCGUCAGCGUACUGCAGCACCGGGAAAAAGGAAUCCAUCUCCAACGGAUGUAGCAGAUUGCCUCUCCUGAACUCCUCACAACACAUCUGCUGCAGCACAUCUGCCACUAAAAUAAACAGGUAGGGUGAUAAUGAAUCCCCCUGCCGGAGACCACACUUUGCGAGGGUCGGCUCCCCCAGUUUUCCAUUCAAAGUAACCCUUGCCAACUUGUGUAGAGAAGGUUCUUGAUCCAGAAGAUCCACCUUUGUCCAAAACCCCUGGCGGCCAAAACAGCAAACAGUGCGUCCCAGCUAACACUAUCAAAAGCUUUCUUGAAGUCUAGCUUCAGUACAAUUGGUAUCUUCUUCCUUUUUGCAUAUUGUACAAGCUCUGCAGCGAGGGAAAUUUUUUCAACAAUGCAUCUGCCAGCAAGGAAACCAGAUUGUAGUGGGUGCACUAGUUUAGGUAUCCACAGCUGCAGCCUGGUAGUUAGGAAUUUUGUGGCUAGCUUGGGGAGGCUAUGCACCAAGGAUAUAGGCCGGAAGUCUUUAAUCUCCAUUGAAAUUUCUUUUUUAGGCAGCAAGACAAUGGAUGCAGAAUUGACGCCUGAGAGAUCGGCGUUAUUUGCAUGAAAGUCACUGAAAAAAUUCAGCAGAUCAGGUUUCAGAGUUUCCUUGAAGCAUUUGUAGAACUCAUUUGUGAAACCGUCCGGCCCAGGACUACGGUUGUUCGGGGAACGUUUGAUUGCAGAGACGAUUUCAGCCCAUGAAAACUGCUCUUCUAGCGAGCUUAGGUCGAUCGGAUCAUAGAGCGCUGAGAUAUCUACGACCGGUACCGAAGGAGAGGCCUGUCCGAACAAGGUGUUAAAAUACUCAGUUGCUAUCCUGAGCUUGUCCUCAUCAUCAAAGAAUUCGAUACCAUCCUUGACAAGAACUCUGAUUUUGUUCCUUCUUGAAUGACUAUUUGCAGCAGCAUGGAAAAAACGGGUGUUUUCAUCCCCCAAAGUGCAUUGACAGAUUUUUGCCCUUCUCCUCCAAAUGCUAGUUUGCCAAAGGAUUAACUGCUGGACUUUCUUAUUGGCAUGAUCUCUAAGACAAAACUCCAAGUUAGAGAGUGUCCUGUACUCCUCAACCGCAUUCAAAAAGUCCACAACAUGCUUGUUAUUUUCCAUGAGCAGCUGAACACUUCCCCUGCUUCUACCCUACUUGCGGAUGGCAGCUCGAAUUCUUCUCAUCUUAAUGCUGAUAAGAGAUGUAGUCGCAGCAAAGGCCCUGGUGCCUCUAGUCCAACCUUCUGAGAUAAUCCCCCUGACCUCUUCAAUAUCCAGCCAAAAAUUCUCGAACCUGAAAAAAUUGCUUCUGGUGGUGUCUUUACUGAAUUCCACGAUGAACAGAGCAUGAUCAGAAGUUGCGGCCAUUAUGGCAGUGGCCACAGUUUGGAAGAAACCCAAAUUCCACUCGGCGUUGACGAGCACCCUGUCCAGCUUAACAAGCAUUGGUUCCCUUCUCUUAUUGGACCAAGUAUAUUUGCGAUUUGCAAUAUGAAUAUCAUCCAAGCCAUGUUCUCUAAUCCAGCUGUUAAAGUGCUCCAUGACUGACCAGUUUAUGCGUCCUCUAGAUUUCUCGUGGGCAGACCUGUACAUGUUGAAGUCACCCAGCAGUAUCCACGAUCCACCCACAAGAGCAGCAGCUUGGUUGAGGUGCUGAAAAAAAUCUUCCCUUUCUGAACUAUCACAUGGGGCAUAUACAGUGGUCAGUGUGGCGGCAUUUCCAUUGGAAUUUGACUGAAAGGGAAGAUUCAAGCUCUGAAGUUUUGUUUCCUGCAAGCACGCAACGUCAGCACGGCUAGAGUGAGUCGCAUCCUUGAUUAAAGAGCAUUUAUCAGUGUCACCAAGACCGCAUAUGUUCCAGUUUAGAAUCCUCAUAUUAGAUGUGGGGGACACACAAAAAACAAGGAAGAACAAAGACAGAGGACAGCAAGGACCAAGGAGGUACUCUGAAUGUAAGACUGGAAAUUCAUUUGAAUAGAGACAAGAGAUGCAAAUACAAGUAGGAUGCAGAUACAACAGCCGCAGACGCAGCAGACCGACACAUGCAGAUACAACUACCCCUGAGAGUGACAUGGACUGAAGAUAAGAACGCAUGACAAGUCUUGUUGAAUCUAUUGAAAAAAGAGUCUUGUUGAAUCUAUGAGAGAGUUUGAGAAUCUUGUUACAGAUCAAGAAACUAUCAUUUCACAGUGAAUCUAGGUUGGCUGUUUUUUGUUUCAUUCUUGAUAUAAGGUUGCCUAUAUGAUCGAGAUUCGUGAUCGAUGCUGAAGAAAUUCGCGGACAAGGAACAUAACUAAAAAGAAUUUCUAUUGAUAAUACUAAUUCAGACACCAAUUACAUCAAGAGUAGCCCCAUUGGCCACGUUUGGUUCCAGAGACCAAAUUCACAUCUAGACUGGCUAGAAUCAGCCGAGCUAAGCUCUGAUUCUGAUGGCUAGCACGAUUUACA